UAUAUUUUUUCAGGCCACUGAUUUAGAACCUCAGCCCAGUGCACCAUCUUCAUCAGGCGUUCGGGGUGCCGAGUACACUGAUUUAGUGGCGAGGUUGGAUAGGAUCGAGGCUGACACUCAGGGUCUGUAUGCUGCUCAUGUCGAGCUGAAGAAGGCAUACGAGACCAGCCAUGUAGAGCUGAAGGGUGGUCAGAACGUAAUUAUGGAGCAGCUCAGAGACAUAUUGGCCAUGUUGAAUCGUCCGCCAACGACAGCUUCAGCACCGGAGGCCCCAGCAGAUCCAUCUACCCCACCACCAGCUGCUUCACCCCCAGUAGAAGAGGAGGAGGUCUUCCCCGACGAUUACGAUCCUUAUGAGGGAGCUCCAGCGACUCCGAUCGAGGCACAACCUGUUAUCCAUGUACAUGACACCGAGUCGCAGGGUGAGAUUCUGUCGAUAGAGGCACAACCUGCAGUGGUUAAGAGUCGGAAGAGGAAGAGAAAGCCUCCUGUAUGGUUCGGUGACUAUACGGAGAUGAAGAGGAGACAUAGGCCAUCUUCGACUUUUGAUCCCCUGGAGCCACCGGAUGAGAAAUUGUUAACCACUUUCCGAAAGUGGUGUGUUGGACUCAUUCCGAACCACCGACUUCGGGAUUUGAGAAGUGGUGAUUACGGUCCAGGAUUCUUUUGGAUAAUGCUCACACCAAAGGAAUGGCUUACAGAUGACCAUAUAGAUGCAGCAAUGCAUAUGCUGAGGAGGCGACGCACCGACUAUCCACUGACAUUUCCUUAG